AGCUAUGAUAAAGAUGCAUUGAAAAUUCCAGCCUUGUGUAUAAUUUGUAAAACUAAAAUAUCGUUAAAAUUAAAGUACUUUUUAAAUCGGUAGAUAAAUAAUGAAAAAUUCAAAAUCUGAGAAAAAACCGCUUGAGGAAAAAAAAUGCAUCAUUUGGAACAACAGGACAUUGUUAGAACGUUACCUUAUUUUGGUAUCUCUUGUCAUUUUUAUUUCUUUUCUUGUCAUGGUUGGUGUUUUAUUACAUUUUCAAAAUAAAUCUCAAAAACCAAAGAAAGAAGUUUGCUUAAAUAACAUAUGCAAAUUUUCAGCUGGUUCCAUUCUAAAGAAUAUGGACUUUACCGUCGAUCCAUGCGACAACUUUUAUGAAUUUUCAUGCGGAUCUUAUCUGAAAUACGAAAACAUUUACGACGAAAAAAUACGUAGUUUUACAAAUUUAGAAAAUUAUAUCCUUUAUUUACAAAAAGAACAGCUGGAGAAACCAGAAAAGUUUAAUGAUCCAGAAUUCGUCAAAAAACUAAAGAAAUAUUAUCAAUCGUGUUUAAAUAAACCUAGCGAUAUGAAACAGGUUAUUCAUGGCAUUUUAAGUGCAGCUAACUUGGACGGUUGGCCACUUUCUGAAAACGAUAAUUCAAAAUCAACAAUGGAAGAAGCUAUAGCACUAGCAUAUGCUUACUAUAGUCCUGGAUAUCUGUUUGGAUUAUAUAGGGAUCAAAACAGCUCUUACAUAACUAUAAGUCGUGGAUCUGAUUUCGUUAAACCAACUGUGUUAUUGAAUACGACUGAAGAAAAGUGGAUUAAGUUAAAAAAGAAAUAUGUAAAUUUGAUAGACUACGUACUUUCUGAAUUAGAUUUGUCAACAGAAAAUAAGAACAAGCAUAUUGAUGAAAUAAUCGACUUUCAAACAUCUUUAGCAAAAAUUCUAGAUAAAGAUUAUAAUGAUAAUUCAACAAAUACAACUAUAUCAGAAUUACAUUCGAACUGUUCACAGAUUGAUUGGAAAAGUCUAUUUAUGUUUUUAUUUGAAUAUCUUCAACAUUCUGAAAAAUAUAAUGAUGAAUUUCCUUUAGAAGUAAACAGCAUGGACUUUCUCACUGAUCUAUGUGAACUUGUUGGAAACGCUAAAAAUAAAAGAAUAAUUUAUAACUAUCAAGUAUGGGAUAUUAUUAUUCGUUAUUUACCUCGAAUACACAACGGUUUUAGACAACUUGUGAUCGAUACGAAGGAAUCAUUAGACUUAUACGACAAAAUUUAUGAAUCAUUAUCGGAUAUGAAUAAACUGAAGUGGAAAACUUGCAUCCAAGAUAUGGAAAUAUAUACAGAAUUAGGAUUAGACUACAUAAUGCUAAAAUCCAUGAAUCGAAAAGACGACAUAAAUGAGGUAAAAAGUUAUUCCAAACAAAUACGUGAAACACUAGAUGAAAUAUUUUCCGAAGAAGACUGGUUCGAUAGCUACAGCAAAAAUCUCACCAGAAUUAAAUUGAAGAAAAUCGGACAGCAUAUAGGAUACGAAAAUGGUUCUAUUAAUGCAGAAUUUUUAAAUACGAUGUUUAAUAAUAUCAAUAUCACAGAUAAUUAUAUUCAAAAUAUCUUAGCUGUGAAAAAGCAAAUGACGUCCGAUGAAAUGUUUGAUCAAAGAGUUGCUUUUUAUUUUCGAGAAGAAAUAAAAAUAGCCCCAAUGCAGGUUGGUGCAAGUUUAGGAUAUGAUGGAGUGGGAAUAGCAAUUGAAAUACCGUUAGCAUUGAUGUAUCCUCCUUUCUAUGCCUAUGGAUUACCUCAAUACCUGAAUUUUGGUAGAAUGGCUUUUAUAAUUGGUCAUGAAUAUUCACAUGUAUUCGAUCAUUUGGAUAUCCCAGCAGAUAAAUCACCUAACGAAAUGCAAAAUUCGACAGAGAUAUACGAUGAAAUACUAGGGAAAAUAAAUUUUUCAGAAGAAUUUAUGGAAGUAUAUAAGAAAAAGAAAAAUUGUCUUCGAUUUCAAUAUUCGAAAUUUCCAUUAGAAGGCAAUCAAACGAUUAACGGAAAUCGAACAAUUUCGGAUAACAUCUCAGAUAACAGUGGGGUCACUGUUGCUUUCCGGGCUUACGAGAAAUAUCUUAAACGCCACGGAGAAGAACCUCAUCUUCCUGGUCUCGACUUUACAAACAAACAAAUGUUUUUCAUUGGAUAUGCUCAGAUGAUCUACAUAGCCCUGGAAAAUAUAGGAUAUGGAUCAGAAGAGAAUACCGCAUCAGAAGAAGAUACGCAAAAUUCAACAGAGGCACUUGAUGAAGUAGGAGAUAACAUAGAUUUUCCUGAAGAAUUUUUGAUAGAAUACAAGAAAAAGAUAAAUUGUCUGCGAUUUCAAUACUCGGAAUUUCCAUUAGAAGGAAAUCUCACGAUUUUUUCUAAUAGUUUUCGUAUAAUUGACUUAGGGCAGGCUUACGAGAAAUAUCUUAAACGCCACGGAGAAGAACCUCAUAUUCCUGGUCUCGACUUUACAAACAAACAAAUGUUUUUCAUUGGAUAUGCUCAGGUUAAUUCAUACAUUUGA